AUGUCUUCAUCGCAAGGCCAUGGAGACUGCAAUGGAAGCGGCUCGAAGCCAUUCUCUUUUUCCAGCACUUCGAGCGGACCUCAAAAGAAAACUGGAUUCAACUUUCAAUCGAGUCGCAACCGUCCCAGUCCAGCCAGCCAGAACCGCUCUCUACCUCGCCGUCCGCAUCAACUAGGCCGUGACGAUGACUCCUCCGAUGAAGAAGAGCGGGCGCCCGUACACGAGGAAAUUUCUGGGUUUGAUACGCAUACUGGCAUGAAAAUCACCGCCGAUGGAGAUGCUAUUAGCGACGGGAAAAAACCCUUGGUCAUUCCAGUAACGAGCACCAAUAACUGGCGCGAUAGGGCGGGUGUCAAUACGAAGAAGAGCAAGAAGAACCUGCUUCCUCGAGAAGUACAAGCCAUGCAAGAAGCACAGAAAAACAGAAAGAUGCUCGAGGGAGGAGCAGUUGAGACGGAGGGACCGAGCAUGGCGUAUGGCCUGAGCUUUGCACAGAAACUGGACCAGGAAAAUCAAGAGGGUGCGGGCGUGGAGGAUCAACGAAUGCCGGAUGCAAACCCUGUAUCUGUUGAGGACAACAAGCCUCUCACAGAGGACCAGAUUGCUUUGCAGGCUUUAUUACGUGAAAGCAAAGGAGAGGUGGAGCGGAGAACAGAUCUUGUGAUUGAGUCCUCAAAACAGCAAGAGGACGAUGACGAGGCACCGGCGCGAUACGACGAGACAAGCUCUUUCCGAUCAGAUGUGGCCUCUCGUCCGGAGUCUGCUACUCUGGAUCAAUACAACGCCAUUCCGGUCGAAGAGUUUGGCGCUGCGCUCCUGCGUGGAAUGGGAUGGAAGGAUGGACAGUCUAUUGGACGUGGAGACUACGGUUCCUCUGCGCCUGCGAUGAAUAAAAACAAAUCUCGUGUACCAGAAAGACGCCCUGGAUUUCUAGGUAUCGGUGCCAAGGAUACUUCUAGUGGCAAAGGUGCCGAAGCUGAGCUUGGAGCGUGGGGCAAGUCGGCGAUGCGCAAGGCAUCGAGAAAGCAAGGCGAGGAGAAUGCCAAUGGUGGCAGCACGGAGGGUGUGUAUAUGCCUGUGAUGAUGCGGAACAAGAAGACAGGAGAAUAUAUCACCGAGGAGGAGCUUGCAAAUCUCAAGAAGGAGGGCGCAAAUUCUCAACCUGAGGAAAAUGACUGGCGCGACAGACGCGAUCGCAAUCUGGAGAAGAGCGGGCGCGACCAGGAUCGGGAAUGUCGCAGACGGGAUUACGACGACCACCGCUCUGAUCGGCGGAAUGGGUCUUCGCGUCGUGACCGGAGUUCAUCUGCUGGUCGCCACUCCUCCAGACGAUCUCGAUACGAUGAUGACUAUCGCCGUAACGAUAAACGAUCUUCUAGAGACGGAGACCGUGACCGUGAUCAUCGGCGGGAUCGUCAUGACGACCACAAGGAGUCUCGCAGAGAUCGUGAUCGUGAUCGUGAUCGUGAAUCAGAUCGUCGACACCGAGAUGACCGAUACGGCAGCUCGCGACAUUCCUCGUCGCUCUCAUCCCGACACGACCGAGACCAUGAUCGAGACCAUGAUUCUCGUCGAGUCCGGCGAGCGGAUUAA